AUGUUCAAGAAUAUCCUCGUGGAGAGUUGGCCAUCGAAGCUGGACGACGGCCCGGCUGAGAGCGAUGAUGAUGCCAUCUCAUUGACAUCCACAAUCCCUCCCCCCGACGACGAGGAGUAUGUCGUCGAAUCGAUUCUGGCUGAACGCCCAAACCAAAACGGAAUCAUGUACUAUCUCGUUCAGUGGGAUGCUACCCGGUUUGAUCCGUUCUGGGACAGCACUUGGGAGCCUGCAGAGAUUUUUGGUGAUGAUAUGAUUGCCCAGUGGGCUGAGACCAAGGCCAAGCAAGAAGCUGGAGAAGAGAAGCCUUUUGAUGUCGACAGGUACUUUGCAGUUCAACAACAAAAGGAGCGGGAGAAAAGAGAAAGGCACAAUCUUCGUAAUGCGAAGCGCGCCCGGCUGGGUCUUCCCUUGACCGAGCCUUUGCCAGCAUCAUCGUCCAAGUCAAGUGCUAUUCCAGAAGAUGAGUCGAGUAGUGAUGAGGCGAGUGAGGAUGGCGAUGUUGUGGAAGUGUCGGCCCCUCGGCCCAAACCACCCAAGGCACGAAAACCAUCUUCGACCUCGAUGUAUAAGAAGGGCGUGGCAAGGCCUAUUAAAACCACUGCUCCCAAAUCGCCAACAAAGUCCAAGCCUCUGAAGUCCUCGACCUUGUCAAAACCAAACAUGGAUAGGCCAGCAAGCCUCCCAGGCAAACUAGCCAAACCUGCAGCGACCUCCGACCCACUGAUAUCAUCUUCCACAAAGAAACGGCAGGCUACAGCUCCGUCGACCACUGGAUACGAGGGAACUGCAAGAAAAGCAAGUAAAGACGAUAUGAGCGGCCCGUCAAAAUCAAAGACCAAGGAAUCAAACCUCGGUUCCAGGGGUGCCGCAUCUAGCAUAAGAGCGCCGUCGGGCCAAAAGACAACGGCCCGCAAGUCGACCCAAAAGACCGUCCAAAGCAAGGCGGGGAACAUCUUUACUGGCGGUAAAGUAAGGAAACCACGGCCUGUCAUUGAGGAGGUUAUGUCCAAUCCCGCAAAAGACCCCAAGCCCUUCAGCAACAUGCAUCUUGGGAGAUUGGCCGAACUUCGUAGCCGUGCGAGGGAAGACAUUGCCCCUGACCCUUCAAAGGUGGCCCUCUUCCCCCUGACCGAGGGGCCUGCUGCAGCGAGAAAGAUGUCCAAGGAAACUGCACAACCGACGGAUCUACCGGAAGACGACAGCCUUUUUGUUGGCAACUAUUCGAUGGAGCUGGAGUCGGACCCAGAAGACAUAACAGCACCCAUUUCCUCCAGUCGGACCGGCCUUGCACCGAUCUCGACAGGCCUAGUGCCGGCAACCUCAGCAGGCCUCACAGCGACGUCGGCAGGAAUCUCACCAAGAACAAUUGACCCAGCACCAGCCUCAGCGGGCCUGCCACUGCCUUCAGCAUGCCUGCCGUCAUCACCACAAGCACACACGGCACCAAUCUCAAGGCCCCCUUUGAAAAAGCGGAAGUCGGUGAGAUGGGAUGACGACGUGAACAGCGUCAUCGAAUUCCGUGAGCCGGAUCCCAUGGACUUGGACGAUAAUACUCUUGUGCAAAAAGAUCAAGUUGAGGCCACUCCACGGCCUGCAGCAUCUCUCGCUGCUCAGCCUCCUACCCCACCUCCCACAUUGUCUGCUCCUGAGCCAACAGUUACCAUCAUACCCCAACGCAAUACCUGUUCAGAAAAGCGGGUUAGGUUUGGCAAGCCCCAGCCUGGGUCCAAAUGUAUUCAAACAACUUUCAACGGGUUACCUGAUGGGACUCGUGAUGAGCUGUAUGCAAGGUUUCUAGCCACGGAGAGCUUGGACUUUGACAACAGUUGCCUUGCUACGUCGGUAGCUACCGCACUGCACUCAAUGGUUAAAACUGGCUUGGCCUUUGGCGGCUUAAGUUCUAAUACCGACCAACAAAGGCUACAAAAUGUGGCGAGUUCUUUACGAGCCGGCAUUAUGGGACUGCUUUGUGCUCAGCCAGACUACAGCAUUCUCAUAUACCCGUCAAAGUGUGAAGAAUGGAAUGCCGUUCAGCUCAGGGGGCUUCCAGCGUCAGGUCCAUCUGAAUUUGAGCUCUUCUACUACAUAUUUACACCACGCGAGCCCCUCCUAGCCCUGCUGCCGCCACCCCGGGAUGUGCCACCCAAGCCGCCUGGCGCUGGCAAGGAGUCAUCAAAUCGGCAACUGAUCAUGGAAAAGUUCUUCGGUUUUGACUACCAGAGGCUGCUACCAACCAGCUUGAAGCCCGCAUCGACACAUAACUUCUUCCUGGCAUUUCCUGACUCAAAGAUGGAAGUUCGUCUCUUGCUAUUUCACUGGCUCCGUGCAUGUGAGCCCAACUGCUGUAUCUUCACAAGCGACCAUCCUGGGAGCUGGUAUGCCUUCCAGAGAAAGCUCAGCUCAGAAGAGACAGCGGGUGUGGUCAUCGUACAUGAGUUGAUGGCGUGGACUUUGCACAGGCUCCCGAAUCUGCGACAUCUCUUACUUGGCCGAGAUGAUCAGUUUUGGUGCUUUACAGAGCCGAUGAGCAAGCUUCCGAUGUAUCCAUCAACAACUUCGCUGUUGGAAGAAAGUUCUGUGGUGCCUCCCGGCCAACUCCAGCUCACGCGCUUGUUUCCCCUGGGGGCGGCCAUAUUAUUGACCCCAAGCUUUCUGGUAGCGGAACCAACUCGAGCCCUCGAAAUCAUCGACUGGUUUCUGAUGUACUUUGCCAAAUCCACAACAUGUCGUCUUGUUACCGCAUGGGACUUUGCAGCCUACCUCAGGGACUUGGCUGAGGAGAAGGAGCAUGAUCGAGCCAAGCUGCUAGCCUCUCCAGCAGCGAUGGAGAGCACGGCCAAUCUUGCCAUUCUUGAAAACUUGAAAGGUUUAAGCAAGGAAGAUUGCGAGAGCCGGUUUAUUGCCGCUAUAAAGGCCUAUGAGCUGGACGACCUGAGAUGUCGAAAACUCCCGCCUGUUGGUGACAACGAGGAGAGCGCCACGCUGGUCUAUGCUAUUGACAAGAUCGACCCCAAUGACGAGCAAAGCCUCGUCAACUGGUUUGGGUACUGGUCAACACUGCGAUUGGAUCAGUUCCGCCACUUCUACGUUCUUGGUACAGACGACUCCAUAACAGCGCGUCGGUCUGAAAGAGGCGAGCGAGAAAUCGCCGUUCCAACGUACACCAGCCGCACCAUCAAUGACUCAGACUACGUGUUGAAGGGCACCUUGGAGCACUACCGUGUUCGCAACACGCAGGCCGAGCAAUCCGGACAAGCCCACGCUGUUGCUGAGAGCGCAGGUAUAGCACCAGCCGCCUCCUCUUCUGCAGCCCCUGCUUCUGUGUAUCAGGCCUUCGCAAUGCACGAGGUCUCCAGCGAGUGCUUUAGUCGCAUAUCACAGCACUCACUUGCUGAGAUGCUGAAAGAUGUGGGGCCAAGGGAAUGGAAUUCCAGUCUCUGGAUCUUGUUCGGGUUUCCAGUUUCAUGGUCCGAUAGCGACAUGGGCGAUCAUUACGAAGAUUUUACACUGCACUGGAACACCAUCUCGAGCUGGUUCAAAUGGGGUUUUCCAUGGGGAGGAAGGAAUGGGAUCACGCGGUUCAAUACCUAUGUCGGUUUCUUCUAUACCAUCCCCGACGAGUGGGACCCCGACAACAAGCCUGACGACCGCACGCCAAAACGACACCCCUGGCUCGUCUUUUAUCGGCCACGUGAUGCGUUUAAGAGACCAUGGACAGACGCCGAGCUUAUCAUCUGGGAUCCUGCGGCCCCAAGGAGGUUUGGAGACCGUCAGCCCACCGAGGGCGAGCUUACGUUCAUGCAGCGUCAACUGAUCAAGCAUGUACGGGAGCAUACAGGGGAAAGGAAUCCCGGCACCAGGUUGACUGAUGUGUGGCUUGGGGGUUACAUGGUCCCGGAAGAAUGCCAAUCUCCGCACGACAUUGAUGUGGUGGCUCUAUUUCUCCAAGCCUUGGGCACCGAGUUCCAGUUUAAGAAACUUAUUCCCGCGCCGCGUAUCAGCAUGUUGAGACCCAAUAAAGGAUUCAAAAGGGUGAAGCUCGCCACGGAUCCAGUUACUGACCAGGACGAUGUGGAGAUGGGUAUCCGGGAUUCUGAGACAUCGGAUGAGGAAGACGCCCGCAUCAUUUUCCACCCACCUCGCGCUACAGGGCGGCCCUUGUCGGAUGACGGGCUCCCAUCCAAGUGUAUCAACAGGCUCUUUGAAGAAGCCCGCCUCUGGCGCAACAGGUAUGGGCGACGCUCACAGUACAUGAAGUAUCGGUUUCGACCUACCACGGAGUGGUACAAGGACCAGGAGGAGGAGGGGCGUGGCUUUUCACACAUAACGGUCGAUUCAUGGCGAAACAUCUUUGGUGCACUCAGCAUCGGUCAACACAAGGGAUCAACAGUCGGCUCUGCUUAG